GCCGCAGCCGCCCUUGCAUACAGGUUCUUCUCUUCCUUUGGACGCGGCAACUGCGGCUGCGCCCGCACACACAGGUUCUCCCUCUUCCUUCCUUCUUCCUCCCAUUUCUUUCCUUUUUUUCUUCCAAUCUCGGUCUUUCUCCUCCUUCCCUCCUUUCUUCUUCUUGUUCUUCUGCGCGCCUGCCUGCCUGCCCCUGCCAUGGUGAGAGAUUAAAUAAUAAAAAUAAAAAAGGCAAACCGCCGGUUCAAACUGUAAACCGGCGGUUUUGAACCGGCGGUUUUGAACCGACGGUUUGUUCGAAACGACGGUUUCGGUUCGAUUUAAUAAUAAUACACGAUUUAGGGUUUCCAUAAAAAUUGGGGACAGACUUUUCGUUAGGGUUUAUCACUCCCGGCGGCAUCCUCAACUCUUUGCUCAUAUUUCACCGGCGCCGCCAAUUUUCGGCGGUAGAAUUUGUUAAGUAGGAAGAGGAGAGGAGCAUGGCGUCCCGACCUGAGCUUCUAGCGCCACCGGAGAUUUUCUACAACGACGAAGAAGCUAGAAAAUAUACGUCAUCUUCUCGUAUUAUAGAUAUUCAGGCGAAACUGUCGGAGAGAGCGCUGGAGCUUCUGGCUUUACCUGAUGAUGGGAUUCCUCGGUUGCUCCUUGAUAUUGGUUGUGGAUCUGGACUAAGUGGGGAGACAUUGACGGAGAAUGGGCACCAAUGGAUCGGUUUGGAUAUAUCCCAAUCAAUGCUAAAUAUUGGUUUGGAACGAGAAGUUGAGGGUGAUCUUUUACUUAGUGACAUGGGUCAAGGAUUAGGAUUUCGCCCUGGUGUUAUUGAUGGUGCAAUAAGUAUAUCAGCUGUUCAGUGGUUGUGUAAUGCUGACAAAUCUUCUCAUGAGCCACGCACUAGAUUGAAAGCCUUUUUUGGAUCAUUAUACCGAAGUUUGGCACGCGGAGCAAGGGCAGUGUGUCAAAUAUAUCCUGAAAAUUUGGCUCAACGUGAACUUAUCCUGCGAUUUGCAAUGCAAGCUGGGUUUUCUGGAGGUAUAGUGGUCGAUUAUCCACAUAGUACUAAGAGUAGGAAAGAGUACCUCGUGCUUACUUGUGGACCUCCUUCUCUAACUACUGCAACUCCACAAGGAAAAGGAGAAGAUGGAGAGAGCUGUUCCGACGACAACAGCAGCGGAGAUGAAGAGGAUCGAACAAUUUCUGUAGCUGACAGGCAUAGACCUCGGAAAAAGCAGAAAUUGAACAAAAAGGUCAAGGGCAAAGAAUGGGUUCUCCGUAAGAAGGAUCAAAUGCGCAGAAAAGGCAACGCCGUCCCUCAAGAUUCAAAAUACACCGCACGAAAGAGAAAAACUCGGUUUUAACUUAAAUGCUGCGCAAAUGACGAUAGCCGCAGUGUGUGCAGCAUCCAAAGACACUAGUUAUUGCUGCAUCCAAGAAGGUACAUUAGCUCAACUUAUCGACCCCCCUAUGGGUCGGUUUCUUUGGGUUUGGUUUAGGUUUUAUAUUUAGAUAAUGUUUGAUGUGAUAUUUUAUUUUUACGAGAGAAACAAAUGUUUUUACUAUUUUUUCCAAAAAAUGAAAGAAUUCAAAUAGUAAAAUUUGAAAGUUUUGAGAAAUUUAUUAUAAAUGUUUUUGUUGUCUU